GUGAGCUGUGAUUGGUCACAGCUUGUCACAUGGUACAAGGCUGUUGUGAAUAGCCUUGUACCAUGUCAACUUUGUGAUCAUUCACAGAUUUCACAUGUAGUAAGCAAUUAUGUCACAAGUGACAUCUUGCUUACUACUUUGCAUGAGAUCACUGAUUGGCCUAUCAUUUGUAUGUUCUCCCUGUGCCUGUGUGGGUUUCCUCCGACACUCCAAAGACAUGCUGGUAGGUUAAAUGGAUCCUGUCUAAGGCUGGCCAUACACUAUACAAUUUUCUGCCCAAUUUCCUUUAGAUUUACCUUGAACUAUGUAGUGCAAGAGCCUGCCUAA